AUGGGUUGGUUUUCCUCGUCUCCUACGCCCGCGCAACCUGCUGCAGUCACGCAACCGUCGACGCCCGAGAAUCUCGCCUGCGAGCUCAAACCCGCGUCGACGGCGGUGAAGACGGAGAAAGUCAAGCCGUGCUGCGUGUGCAAAGACGAGAAGUCGCGGCGGGACGAGUGCAUGCUCUUCUCCCGCGCCGACGAUCCGCAGGAAGACUGCAAGAGCCUGGUCAUGCAAUAUAAGGACUGCAUGGCUGGGUAUGGCUUCAAGAUAUGA